AUGAAAAUAAACAAAAGAGGAAUAAUCGAAGAGAAGAGGAAGACGAAGAAAAUAACAAUAAAAGACUAUUUAUUCCAAGGGGGGACUACUGCAGUGAUUCUUAUGCUAUCUGACCUGCUGGGGCAAAUUAUCUUGAGGAAUGUGAGAUCGUACUUCGUUACGCCUCUUUUCAUGGGGCUGUAUGGGUUUAUUACAGGGAAUCUGUGCUUUUUGAUGUACACCAAGCUGGACUCCUUCGAGGGCCCGGACCUAGACAGGAUGAAGGGGUUUAGCUGGCUGAAGAUCAAGCUGGCCUUCUACAAGAUGCUCUUUGACCAGUUUGUGUGGUCGCCCUUUGGAACUUUUAUGUUUAUUUUUGUCUCCAGCGUGGUGGACAGCAAAAACUUCAGUCUUUCCAAGGUCAUUGGAGACUACUUCCGAAUUUUAUUCGACAGCUACAAGAUAUGGCCUGUCAUUCAGAUGAUAAACUUUUUAUUUGUUCCCUUGGACUUGCGCGUGAUGUUCAUUAGUGUAGCAUCGCUGCUGUGGAGCACGUAUGUAAAGAUAGCCAGACAAGCAUAA